AUGUUUAUUUUAAUAGGUAAACUAGGCAGAUUCGGUCGACAGUCAAGUUCCACUGUCGCUCGAAAAGAGAAAGGAGAGGACAACUUUCUGAAGUGGUUUCAAUUGUAGAUACCUGACACCACCUUUUGUCUCGGAGCAUGGCAUCAGUGCUGUUUGAAACGCAGGAAGUGGAAGUUGGAGCUGAUCCGUAAACUCCAGAGCCUGUAGUGCGAUGAUUUAAUCUGUCUGUGAGACAGUCCGAUGGAAAUUAAGGAGCUAGAGUACAGGCGUGGAUAUUUUGAUCACUCUAAAGAGUUGUACAUCUUGCCUCGCUCCCCUGUGGAUCCUGAGAGAGAGGCCCGGGAAGCAGGCAGGAUUUUUUCCAGUGGGGAGAGUGGAGCUAAUGUUAUAACACCAUUCUACUAUACUCAUCUGGGGCACACCAUCUUGGUGAAUAUCCUAGUUUAUGUUCCCAAAUAUAAGAUUAGACCAGGAUGAAGGGACAGGUGACAGAGAAAGGACCUUAUUAGCGUGAUGCAUUUAUCAGAGCAACGGAAACCACUUCUUCAAAACAAUGUGGAAGCUAACAGGUGGCACUACCCCCCAACACCACCAUUUAGACAGCACAAUACCCAGUGGUCCAAUAGGUGGGCAGACUAGAGUGACGUGUGUCAUCACGUGUGUCAAAUGCACAAUCAUUGUUUUAAAGCAUGAAAAAUACAUCAAAGAUUGGAUUGUUUUACCUUAAAUCUUUGAAAUUACACUUACCCAAUGAAUCGAAAAUCUAUGCUUUUUAAAUGUUAAUAUUUUUUUAAUUUAGUAACUUCCAUCCAGUCGUAAAAAUAAGCAGUUCUUGAUUUGCAUUACAAUUGUGCAGCCUUUCUUUCCUUCAUACUACAUGUGGUAUGCAAAGUUCAAGCAUAUUGCAUGAUAAACUAUUCAGCACUGUGCCUUUAUGUAGUAUGCACUACAGAAUGUCAUAGCUUUCGUGUUGUUCUUUUUGUUAUAGACUUGGAUUUGUUUAAUAAAGACUAUGCGAGCACAAGCAAAGGUAAUGCAUGAAUAAGCUUCGCUGCUUGCAAAUAUAUAGUACUUUUAUGCAUUAUACGGAUACAAUGAAACCUUCAGGACAUAAUAAAAAGCCUUUGAAAGGAAAAUAUAAAUUGACCUCUAGGACUGAAUUACCUUCCAGAGGGAAUUUGUUCCACAAUAUUUCACACAAGGUGCAUUCCUGAAUAAAAGCUGUGUUUUUUCAUUUUUGGGAAAGUUUUUUUUUUUUAA